AAUUUUGUUAAUUGCUUUGGUUUUGGUUUUUUUGCUAAGGCAGCCCUAUUUUAAAGUGGAUUAGGAAGGGUGAGGAAAAUUACUCUGGGGACAGAGAACGCGGCAGAUAGCGGUGGACAAACUGCGAAGACCGCUUCCUUACCUUGGGACUCACCGCUGCCCUAGCCCGAGGUGGUAGCUAUCGAUAUUAUUUGAUGAAUAAGGAGACUCGGUUCAGAGAAAAGCACCUUCGUACAUCCACUAAAGUGGGACUUCUCCAUCAGGCCCUUGUCUGAGAGCAAGGGAAACAGCUCUGAUUCUGAGGAACUAUAGCUUCUCCGUCAGUGCCUGGGAGAGUACUAGGACUGCUUUCUGGGAACUGUGGAAUGUGCCCUUGGGGGCCCAAGAUAGCAGAAGGAAGAUGCUCCAGACCAGUAACUAUAGCCUGGUGCUCUCCCUGCAGUUCCUGCUGCUGUCCUAUGACCUCUUUGUCAAUUCCUUCUCAGAGCUACUCCGAAUGGCUCCUGUCAUACAGCUGGUGCUCUUCAUCACCCAGGAUGUCGCAGUCCUCUUCAACGUCGUCGUCAUUUUCCUCACGUGCUUCAACACCUUCGUCUUCCAGGCUGGCCUCGUCAGCCUCCUCUUCCAUAAGUGCAAAGGGACCAUCAUCCUGACAGCUGUGUACUUCGCCCUCAGCAUCUCCCUUCAUGUCUGGGUCAUGAACUUACGCUGGAAAAACUCCAACCGCUUUGUCUGGACAGAUGGACUUCAGACGUUAUUUGUAUUCCAGAGACUAGCGGCAGUGUUAUACUGUUACUUCUACAAACAGACAGCUGUGAGACUGGGUGAUCCUCGCUUCUACCAGGACUCCUUAUGGCUGCGUAAGGAGUUCAUGCAAGUCCGAAGGUGACCACUUCUUGUCACACUGGUGGAUGCCUUUCCUUCCUGACAGAAGCCACAUCUGGGGCUCUGCAGAGGGGAUGGUCAGCCCUGUGCACUAGGAAGCAGCUUGACAUUUCUAGGACAGGCCCAGGCCAGUUGUGUUCAGCAGUUGAGAAGGAAGAUCCUCCCUCUAGCAAAUUAAAGUGUUCCCUGAUAGAGACUCCCAUACGUCAUCCCUUCCGGGCCUCCUGCCGCAGUUCUGCCCCCUUUCCUUUCCUGUUCUCUACCCCUCUCCCUCACAGAGGGCUCUGUGGCUUUAUCCCGGGGAAGCUUUCCACUGAGCCCGGUACAGGAGGAACUCCCAGCCCCUGUUCCAUUUGCACUACACACUGAUGACUGAAGGAUGCAAAGAGUGACUUUUCUGGGCUCCUGACGCCUCAGACAUUUAGAUUUUAUACCCAAGGUACUUUUUCUACAUUUUAUAAAUAGGAAGUAAAUUCUUUCCCAUAGAUGAUGGAGUCUCUGCCUCGCUAGAUCUCUUCGUGGUUAAGAGGCAUGCCAAGUCCUAGCCUUAGCAGCUACUCGAUCCAGUGGCAGAUUGAGCCACAGAGCAAAUACGGAUAUUUACUGAAUCCCACUGUGAGUACAAGAUGAAAUUCAGGAUGUACUUUGAUGCCCCACCCCCAUCCCUGGAGUUCCAGACUUCUGUGUUUUAUUCAGUCUCUCCCCCUGUCAGAGCCCCAGAUUGCCCUCAGAAGAGUAAAAAUGUUCCCUAGACUCUUUUGGCAAAAGAAAUUUAAAAGUUUGUGUGCCCAUAGUGUCAGUUUUCUACUGCCAGAAUAAUGUUGUCUAACAGACCCAGCACCAAACUUCAGUGGCAUAUAACAAUAAACAGUUCCAUGGCUCUUGA